GUCAGUCGUGUUCGGGGCUGGGGCGGUCGCCGCUGUUGGCCCCUCUGCGUCAUCGCCCUGCCCCUGUGCGUGGAGUGGGCGGGGCCUGGCUCAGGUGGAGUGAACGGACGGAGUGAGAUUUGAAAACGGCAGAACAGGAAAAUGGACUCAGUAGAGCGGGUUGUACUCCGAGCGAGGGGCAGAUAGGGGGGUGGGGGGCAGUUGGAGGGGCAGAAGGUCCCAGAGUGGAGCUGCUGGUAAAGAAGUUCCCAGAAUGCCGCUGGACUCCAGCUGUGUGGGAGAGCGCCCUGCCCGCCCCGCCAGCAAAAACGCCAAGGACAAGAGCAACAGUGCCGCCCUGCUGGCCUCCAGAGCACGAGCACAUAUGCAACAGGAGGCAGACGGCCGGGAAUCACUCUGCAGCUCCGAGAAGGACUCAGGAUAUUCAGAUACUGGUUCUGACUCGCUCCAGACAGAUGCAGAGGAUCAGCGGAGCGUUCCUGAGCCGAAGCUUCACAAGGCCCCGGGGGUUCAGAGCGUUUCUGAUCAGGGAAAACACAUCCUGGUGUCCACACCUCCAGAGCUCACGCCCAUCUUCAUCAUCAAAAAUGUUGUUUUAAAACAGCCAGUGGAGUCGGGUCAGGAGCAUGUUCUCCAGUCUGCUUUGGGGUGGGGGUCUGGAGGGGCUAACCCUCAGACCCCCACGCACCUCCUUCUGCUGCAGCAGCCCGGCCUCAGUGGCCCACCACUGCACCUGCUCAAACCGCAGAGCCAAAGAUCGGAGAGCACAUUGGGAAAGAAGAGCAAAAACACCUACCUCCCCAUCCUCAACUCCUACCCCCGCAUUGCCCCCCACCCCAGCAAGAAGACCCCCGACAAGACUCUGGCUAGCAUGGGGGGCAGUGCAGAAGAGCACAGCCUGAGUAAGAGGGUCUGUACAGAGGAGAAACGAGAGGAGGUGUCCACGUCUACGAAAGCACCUGAAAAACAUCCACGAAAGCAGCCGGAGAGCUGUCCCCAGGCCCGCCCCUACCGCACACCUGACACGCUUCUGGUCCCCCACCAUUGGAGGAGCCCCCACCCCCCCCACAGCCCGUCCGCCCUCAGCCUGGGCUCCCCCUCAGUCUCCAGCUCAGAGACGCCCUCCCCACCUUCAGCAUGCGAUUCUGCCACGCCAUCCAGCAGGGGGCUCCAAAAGCACCCUUCAGGCACCGACUCCGCUCCAGUAGGGGGCCCUCUGCCCGCUUCAGUGAAGCACCGUCGCUUCCUCAACACGGUGGAGAUCCUGAGCCAGUCGGGUCUUCUGGACAUCACCCUGCGGACACAGGAGCUGCUGAGGCAGAGCGCUACCACUGAGCGGGACAUUGCUCAGCUGCGCCGGCACACGCAGCUGCUGUACCAGGCUACCCAGGCCGGUGCCCACACACCUGCCGGCUGGGUGCAGCUCCAUCAGGCCAUGGCAGAGUCUGGCUGCUACCCCAGCCUCAAGGGGCUGUUGCUGGAGACCGCCAACGAUGGGCAACUGGAGGCUGAUGUCAGUGGGGCAGAGCGCAAUGUUCCUGCCACCUGCGGGUACGGGGUUAACAGGGGCGAGGAAAUGGCCCCUCCGUCCCCCCUCCUUGCCACCACACACUUACUAUCUGAAGCUCAGGGCUCUCACAGCAUGAGUGCCACCUCUCUAGGGCACAGCAGAGGGCACAGAGGCAGCGUCAGCCUGCCUGAGGAGAUCUUGAUGCCUCCAGACAGUUCCACUCAUGGAGGACUCCUGUAGCAAACCAUAGUGUUAAAGUGAUAGUUCCCAAAAACAUCCUAAAUGCAUUUGGUCAGCCAAGACCUGUUUGGUGACUGAGUAUUUUCAUCUUUAGUUUUGGUAGUGAAGCCCCACCAAUUAGCAUGGUGCUAACUACCACUCCAAAUGUCACAAAAGCGACACAGAAAGGAGGAGAGAAGUCCGCUUCCAUCAGCUCAUCCAGAUUCUUCCAUGAGCUGUUUAUGAUUUGAAAUCCCAAGGCAGCAGCCUUCGAGGAGGUUCGGUGUGCAGAACAAUCCCAGCACUAAAACCAAAGAAGCAAGUUUGGACAACAAACAUCUCUGCUGAUUGGGGUAGAGCGAGGGGAUUUGACAAGACACCUAACUGAGCUAUCGCUUUAACUGCUUGGCCUUCACAGUGGAAGAGCUGUGUGGGCCAUAUUUGCAGUUGGAUAUUGAUCUUCCCUAAAGUGGAAUGAUUUGUGAAUUAGGGUGUAAUGAUCUUUGUGUAUAUGUAUGUGUGUGUGUGUGUGUGUGUGAUGCUCCAGACAGGUUCGACUACAAUAAAAAGCCAAACUCUUUCCCAUCACCCCCCCCCCCCAAGCCCCCCCCCCCCCCUCUGACUGUAGAGCUGUCGCUGAUGGCAGUGAUAAAGGUUCCGUUGUUGGUACUGGUAUAAUGGUUGGCUGAUAAUGUUGGUGGUUUUAUUGGCGUUGAUGAAAAUACUAGCAUUAUCGCUUUAAUAAUUAGCUGUUUUCUCAGACUGGCAUGUCCUGAUGACCAGGCAAAUUCCUUCAGCUGUUGGGGAGCUCAGUUAGGCCUUUUUCAGACUGUCAGCCCAAAUCACAUUCCUGAUGUAACCUGAUUGAUUGACAGAUUUAUUUAUUUUAUAGUCUGGACAGCAAAAAAACGCAAUCUGAAUUGAAUCCAAACCACAUUUAGAGGUGGUUUGAAAUGCGACUCCAGAUGUAUACGGCCCACUGGACGCUCUGGACACUAAGAUUUCAGUGUCUCCUAUGUCACUCACAACACGACAAACGGCGACGCUGUCGAGUCCAGAGUGAUGAAGCUCUGACAUUGAAGAAGAGCUCCAGAGAUUCAUGAUGAUGGAGAGAGUUCUGAGAGUUUGGAGAUGAUGCUCCUCCAUCUCUCCUGCAUCCGUGUUUGAAAUCCAUGUCACCAGCUUAGCUACGUAGUUGCUGACUCCUAUGUCGUUACCAUGACAACCCGUGCUGGUGAUGUCUAGACAGACAGACACAUCUGAUCUGACCUCACAGAUAUCAGAGCAGAUACUCUCCUCAAAAGGAGAUUUGAGAAACAAAUCCAAUUCACCUGCAGUCUGAACAGACUAGAAGCCUACCAUUUAACUACAUCUCAGUAAUAUGGACCCUGUUUACACCUGGUGUGUUUUAAGUAUCAGGAUUAGAUCCAGAUUAAGAUUAUCCACAUUAAUAAUGCAGGUGUAAAUGCAUCCCUUUAAGUGGUCAGAUUUAAAUCUGGUUUAAAUCACCCCAGGAGAUGCAUUUUAACCAGAUGUAAUACUAAUACAUAUGUAAAUACAUCAUCUCUCAAACAACCAAGACCCCUCCCAAUGCUGUGGCGACUCCCCCUUGCUGUUCUACAUAUGGUUUAGACUCCACCCACUAGACUGCCUCCCUCUAAACGGGCAUUGCUGCUGUUAAAUGCAGGACUCGGCCAACGUAACCAGCGAUGCAUUUGAUGAAGUGUGAAAUCAUGUGGUUUAAAUUUGAUCUAGUUUACAGAUGCAUGAAACGGGCAGGUGUGUAAACAAUGUAACAGACUGGACACAAAACACCAUCAUGAUUAUAAUAACAUGCGCAGAAAUCAUCCAGACUUCACCUUUAGCAUCAGAAUAGCGCACAUGCACAAAAACGUUUUUGGGGCGAGAUUAGAGUUCAGCAGAAUUAUAUUGCGUUCAUUAUGUUGAUAUGACAAUAACCAUUUAGUUUGUAAAAUGUUUAUGUUUAUACUAGUGUAAUAUUAAUCUAAAACAGACUGAUCAGCCAGCAUCAGAAAUUUUGUUCUGGUAAAACUAAUAUUGGCUGCAAUUUUCGUAAUUGAUCAGGCCCAAGUUAGCACCUAUGCUAACGUGAAUGUCAGCCCACUGUUUUGGGCAGGUUUAGGGUCGCUGUUUUGGGGCGGGUUUUUGGGCGGGUUUUGGGACAGUUUUUUGAGCAGGUUUUGGGCCACUGUUGUUUCUAAAGAAUGUAAGCACUGUAUGAGGCUAUGAAGUUCGUCAUCUGUUUCGGUUCUGGUUUUAAUGCCCUCUCUCACCACCUUACACUCGGAGAUGUGUAAUGCCAGCAUUUAAAAAGUGGGAGGAGCUGGUGGAGUUUCUUCAAGGGUUCUUUAGUAAAGGGAACGGUUCCAUUUCAUCCUGGAAAGGUUCUUGUUUAUGGUUCUGUAUGGAUAUGUUUGGAAAAAGGUUCCAAUGUUGAACUCAAGAACUCUACAUUUCAAUAUAGACAUGUUCCCUUUUAAUAAAAAGCUCUUGAAGAAAAAUAUUUAAGAUUGGCGUCCAGUUUAUUGAUAAUCAGUCUGGGCUAGCACGAUGUCGUCAGAGACUCUGGUGUGUUUUGUCACUUGAUGUAAAGAACCGCCUACUUUAACUGGAGAGAGCCGUCUGACUGACCAGUCACAGGUCAUUGUUUGUGUGACAUGUAAUGGCUAUAAAUAGUCCUACAACAAAAACAGCAGCGUGAAACAGCAGUACAUAUGCUGGAAAUACAUGUCAAGAUCGAAUUUACUGGGUAUAAAAAUCUUCAAUGAAAUUUUAGCUUUUAACAUGCUGUGAAAACUUUCCAAUCCUGUAUGAUCUGAUUAACCCUGAUGUGCCAGGGAUGCAGGAAGGUGUUUGAAGUUGGGGGUGAGGCAGUGAAUGUGACGUGAACAAUGGUGUUUUGCUAAAAAAAAAAAUUUGUUUGGUGUUUUCCUUUUUUUUGGCAUUUUUUGCUGAUUUACAUCAAACCUAACGUGGCACGA